AUGGAGCUCCAGAAAGCCUGCAACACGGUCCCCGAGACCACUGACCUGACCCACACGGUCCCCGAGACCACUGACCUGACCCAGAGGGUCCUGGAGACCACUGACCUGACCCAGACGGUCCCUGAGACCACUGACCUGACCCAGAGGGUCCUGACCCAAAGGGUCAGAAAGACGCCCAGAAGCUGCUGCUGUAGGACUGAAGUGUGUUUGUUUGUCGGUGUGCAGCCUCCAGGGAAGCGUGUUGCCGGUUUGUCGGUCCAGGCGAAGCUCGAUGUGUACCUGUGGUUCGGAGCUUGUUCGGACUCCGGUCACAUGUUGGACAACCUGCCUGCAGGCUUCAGUCCGACCACAGGGGGCGCCGACGCCAGCAGCCCUCCGACUCACCUGAGAUCCACAGAACAGCAUCAGUUCCAGUUGCGGUGCCACAUGUAUCAGGCUCGUGGUCUGAUCGCCGCAGACAACACCGGCCUGUCGGACCCGUUCGCCAGAGUCACCUUCCUGUCGCACAGCCAGACCACCAGCAUCAUCAGUCAGACUCUGAGUCCUACGUGGAAUCAGUGUUUGCCGAUGAGCCGCCUGCUGCUGAGCGGAGAUCUGCUGAACAUCCAGGACGAACCGCCUCGUGUCCUCGUCGAGGUUUACGACGACGACGCUCUGGGUAAAGCAGAGUACCUGGGGUCCACGGUGGCGGUACCGGAGGUCCGGCUGGCCUCGGACCCGUACAGCCCGCCCACCCUGCAGUACAGCCCCCUGCACUGUGGCAGCCAACCGGGAGGAGACCUGCUGGCUGCAUUCGAACUGCUGCAGAUCCCAGAGUCUGGACUGCAGAGUCUGCCGGAGUUAGAGGAAGACGAUGGAGGCAUCUUCACGGUUCCUGCAAACAUCCGGCCGGUUCUCAGCACCUACAGGCUGGAGGUGUUGUUCUGGGGUCUGAGGGAGCUGAAGAAGGUUCAGUUUCUGUCUGUUGAUCGGCCUCAGGUGUUCAUCGAGUGUGCAGGUAAAACUCUGCGGUCCUCCGUCAUUCAGAAGUACAAGUCCAACCCAAACUUCACCACGCUGGUCGACGUCAUAGAGCUGGAGCUGCCGGAGAACGAACACCUCCACCCUCCUCUGAGCGUCACGGUGGUGGACUGGAGAGCGUUCGGUCGCAGCACGCUGGUCGGAAACCACAUCAUCAACAACCUGAAGGCUUUUAAAUACACUCCACCUCCAGCUCCACCCGCCGCCGCGCUGCAGACACACAAAGCAGCCACAUUUACCCCCGGAGCUGCCCUCCUGACGGAGCCACACAGCAGUGAGGCUGGUCAGUCUGAGGAAGCUGCAGGAACCAGUUCGACCGUCAGACUCAGCACCCAGGAUUUCCUCAUCACCGUGGAGGACGAAGCUCCGCCUCCAGCCCCGCCCACACCGAAGCAAGAACCCGCCAAGACGAAGGACGGCAGGAAGAAGAGCAGCCGCAGUCGCUCCACCAAACGCAGGAGGCGAACCAUCGCCGACGAAUCCGCCGAGAGCGUCAUCGACUGGUGGUCCAAAUACUACGCCUCCGUGGAGAAACAGGCCAAACAGAAGGACGGAUCUCCGUUUCCUCAAGUCUUCGAGAAAGCGUUGUCGUACCACAACAUGCUCAGCGAUGGAGUCGAGUCUCUCGUCAGCAGCCACUCAGACGGCGACAAGAAGAAGAAGCAGAAAGGAAAAGGAACCCUGGAGCCCAGCGUCGCUCUACCAGCUAAGCUAGCAACACUCAAGUUGUACGACAAGGAGCUGGAGACGGAGUUCGGGCCGUUCGAUGACUGGGUGAACACCUACGAACUGUUCCGAGGUAAAGCCAACGAGGAGGACGGGGUGACCGAGGAGAGGUUCGUGGGUAAAUUCAAGGGAAGGUUCUGCCUCUACAAGCUGACCGAGGACGAGGACGUGGACUGGGACGAAGAUUCUGGACACUUCAGGGUCAACAGAGGAAUCCCAGCCAACACGCCGGUCCAAGUCCUGAUCCUGGUUUACAUCGUCUCUGCGUCGAACCUUCACCCGGCUGACCCGGAUGGGAAGGCGGACCCGUAUAUUGUUCUUCGACUCGGCAAAAAUGAAAUCAAAGACAGAGACAACUACAUUCCCAAACAGCUGAACCCUGUGUUUGGAAGAUCUUUCGAGAUGCAGGCGACGUUUCCUCGCGAGUCGCUGCUGUCGGUGCUGAUCUACGACUUUGACCUGGUGGGAGGAGACGACCUGAUCGGAGAGACUCGGAUCGACCUGGAGAACCGGUUCUACAGCCGCCACCGAGCCACCUGUGGACUCCCCACAGAGUACAGCCUUGAGGGCUACAACGCCUGGAGAGACUGUCUGAAACCUUCAGAGCUGCUGUCAAAGAUGUGCAGAGAGAACGGCCUGGACGGUCCUCACUUCAGACCAGGACGGAUCAUCGUCGCCAACAAAAUCUUCACCGGAAAGACGCUCUUCAUGCACGAAGACGAGCCGGUGGAGUCCUACGAACACUUGUCCCUGAAGAUCCUGCAUCGCUGGGCCGAGAUCCCGGCUGUGGGCUGCAGACUGGUACCAGAGCACAUCGAGACCAGAACCCUGUUCAACAAGGCCCGGCCCGGAAUGGACCAGGGUCAGGUCCAGAUGUGGGUGGACAUGUUUCCUGUGGACUUACCUCAUCCAGGACCUUCAGUGGACAUCUCACCUCGGACACCCAAAGGGUACGAGCUGCGGAUCAUCAUCUGGAACACCGAGGAUGUGAUCCUGGAGGACAGCAACUUCCUGACCGGUCAGAAGUCCAGCGACAUCUACGUCAAAGGCUGGCUGAAGGGUCUGGAGGACGACCGGCAGGAGACCGACGUCCACUACAACUCUCUGACCGGAGAAGGAAACUUCAACUGGCGCUUCGUGUUUCCCUUCAGCUACCUGCCCGCUGAGAAGGUGGUGGUGGUGAGGAAGAGGGAGAGUAUUUUCUCUCUGGAUAAAACCGAGCAGAAGCUUCCGGCCAUCCUCAUCCUGCAGGUCUGGGACUUUGAGACGCUGUCCUCCGAUGACUUCUUGGGCACGCUGGAGUUGAACCUCCACGGAUUUCAUCGCGGAGCAAAAACCGCCAAGUCGUGUAAGUCGGACAUGCUGACGGACGGCUCGGAGAGGAUCUCCAUCUUCCAGCAGAAGAGAGCUCGCGGCUGGUGGCCGUUCAGCAAGUCCGGGGAGCUGACGGGCAAAGUGGAGGCCGAGUUCCACCUGGUGGUGGCCGAGGAGGCCGAGAAGAACCCCGUCGGUCGGGCGAGAAAAGAGCCGGAGCCUCUGCCCAAACCAAACCGUCCGGACACGUCCUUCUCGUGGUUCGUCAACCCGUUCAAGUGCUUCUUCCACCUGGUGUGGAGGAGCUACAAGAAGUACAUCAUCAUCGCCGUGGUCCUGCUCAUCACGGCGCUGUUCCUCGCGCUGCUCUUCUACACGCUGCCGGGAGCCAUUUCUCAGAAGAUCAUCAACGGAUAACGGACGUCUGCGUCCGUCAGGGAGGCGCUCUGCUGCGACAGGCCGGCCGGGGCGAAGGAGGAGGACGAGGAGGAGGUCACAGUGUGUUCG